GUCUUAUCGGCGAAACCAAGAUUGUGUGCGUCAGUUGUUGUUACGAACCGAGUACAACAACCACUGGAACAGGCAUACAUUGGGACAGAGAAGGCUGUGUAUAUUCACUCCUUGUAUAAAGGUAAUGGAUCUAGAAAACGACCCCCAAGAUGAGGAGACCACUUUCAGCAUCAAAGAGAGUAAUGGUAAGCGUUCUGCCGAGGAUAUUGAUGAGGACAUACCCCAUAAGCGCUCCAGAAACUCUGAUGACAUGGUGGAGCUCAGAAUUCUGCUACAGAGCAAGAAUGCCGGAGCAGUGAUUGGAAAGGGCGGGAGGAAUAUUAAAGCCCUUCGUACAGAUUACAAUGCCACUGUGUCAGUCCCAGACAGCAGUGGGCCCGAGCGAAUUCUAAGCAUCAGUGCCGAUAUUCCCACGGUUGCUGAGAUACUGCUGAAGAUCAUACCUACUCUGGAAGAGUAUCAGCAUCACAAGGGUGUGGAUUUUGACUGUGAACUAAGGCUGCUCAUCCAUCAGAGUCUAGCCGGUAGCAUCAUUGGUGUAAAGGGAGCUAAGAUUAAAGAACUUCGUGAGAGCACCCAGACCACCAUCAAACUAUUCCAGGAGUGCUGUCCACAGUCAACUGACCGUGUGGUGCUUGUUGGGGGAAAAGCAGAGCGGGUGGUGGAGUGCAUUAAGACAAUGCUAGAGCUCAUUGUCGAGGCUCCCAUUAAAGGCCGUGCUCAGCCGUACGACCCCAACUUUUAUGAUGAAACGUAUGACUAUGGUGGCUUUAGCACGAUGUUUGAAGAACGAGGGCGUCGACCUAUGGGAGGCUUCGCUUCCAGGGGACGGGGCAGUGGAGGGGGGUUUGACCGCAUGCCCCCCAGCGGAGGGCGUGGUGGCCACCACAUGCCACCGAACAGGAGAGAUUAUGAUGACAUGAGCCCACGCAGGGGCCCUCCUCAAAGAGGGGGAAGAGGGGGUGGUCGUCCUCCUCGAAACAUGCAAAUGGGACCCCCGCACCACAGGAGAGGAGAUGACCAGUAUUCAUACAGCUCCCAUCGUGGCCCUGUGGAAGAGAGACGGCAUGGGGAAAGGAGAGGACGCAGUGAUCGCUAUGGAGGCGGCAUGAAUGAUGGAGGAUUUGACAAUAAUUCAUCUUGGGAUUCCUAUCCGUCUGGCGGAAGGGGAAAUUAUAACGACAUGGAAAGCCCUGUUAUCACCACACAAGUGACAAUUCCUAAAGAUCUGGCAGGGUCGAUCAUUGGUAAAGGGGGUCAGAGGAUCAAACAGAUUCGCCAUGAGUCUGGAGCAUCAAUUAAAAUUGAUGAGCCCCUGCAAGGUUCUGAAGACCGCAUCAUUACUAUCACAGGAACCCAAGACCAGAUACAGAACGCCCAGUAUCUGUUACAAAACAGUGCUUUACACCUCUUGGGGCGGCAGAACUAACCAGCCACCUUUCUCAGGAUAUCUAUCCAAAUGCAGCUCAAGUCCUCGCCGCCGCGUGAUGCCCUGACAGGAUUUUCUCAUAGAUUUGAACUUGAACCCUCUGGCUGUUCUUGUGGAUUUUGUGGGAUUGGUUUCUUUCUUUUGAUUUGUUUUUAUAAAUCUUAAUUUUAUAUGGGCCAACUUUCACAUACUUCACACAACCACUUUGCAUUGGAUAAGGAAGCUGCUUUAUCAAUAUUUUGUGUGUUUGGGGGGGAUUCAGCGGUGUUAAAUGUUUUUUAAUUAUAUUUACCACCAUUAAAAAUGCUCACUCCAGAAGGUACAUAUUUUCAUAUGUUCACCCCAAAGUUUUUAUUUUAAGGAAUGACAUGUAAAUAUCCAGUCAUAGGUAUGGAAAAUGAUUUCUAUGGACAUCAAUAUAAUCCCUAUGUGUGCUUUUUUUUUUUUCCCUCAGAAGUACAAAUAUUUUCACCAACGUACUGAAUCCUUGCAGUACUUUUUUGUAUGUCUUCUCUGGUGUGUUGCUUGGUUUGCAAAAUAGAAAUUUGCUCUACCUCUGGAAUUAUUGUAGGUCUGCCCCCCUUAAAGGCCCACAAUCAUUGUCCAUAUUUUUUUUUUACAAAAGUAAAUUUGCAGUUGUACUUUUAGGUAGUAAUUUGUGAAAGACAAUUCUCACUCUCCCUUUCCUUGUUUUGUUUUUAUCUUUAUUUUUUUUACUCAAAUUGUCUCAUGUUCUUCAAACAGACACAUUUGUAGACUUUGUCAUUUGUCUGAAAUAAAGAAAAUGCCAUUUU